AUGGCUGACUUAUUGCCGGAAUGUCUCAUUCAAAAAAUACUCUGUUUGAUUAGUUUUAAAGAAGCAACCAAGAUGAGCAUUCUCUCGAAAACAUGGCUACAAGCGUGGUCGACUCUUCCCAACUUGGAAUUCUUUGUUAAUUGUUGGCGAGGCUGGGAAGCGCAUAUAAAUAUAGUGGACACAACCAUGGAGAGAUAUGGGAAGGGGAAAAUUCCUAUACAAAAGUUUGAAUUAUCAGAGAUUUUUGCUGAUUCUCCCCAACUCUUCCCUCUGAUUGAUAAGUGGCUUCUCAUUGCACUUCAGAAUGGUGUAAAACAACUUGUACUUCACUUUACAGCAUACCCGGCACCUAUUUUAACAAUCUUGACAGCAAAAUCUUUAAGAGAAUUGGUUCUGCACAAUUGUACUCUUAUGCCUGUUUCAUUAUCUAGUGGGGUUGUGAGUUGCAAUUCUCUGAGAAAGAUUUCUCUAUCUUAUGUAACAUUAGAUGAAAACAUGCUUCAGACUCUACUUAAUAGAUGUCCCUUUAUUGUCUCUUUCAUACUUGAGUAUUGUUCGGGUUUGACUACGAAACUUAUAAAGAUCAAGUCGGAUUCCCUGAAGGUCUUGAAGAUUCAUCAAUAUUGCGGGAUAUGGGAGAUUAAUGCUCCAGAUUUAGUAUCACUUGACUAUGCAGGGAAUGAAAUUCCUGAACUCAACAUUGUAAGAGAGUCAAGUCAAUUGGAGAACUCAAAAAUAAUUCUUCAUUGCAUCUCCAGAUUAAAUACGACAUGGUUUUGUAAGUUGAGGAAGUUUCUAUCAAAUUCAUCCUCUUGGUCUGAAGUUAACCUUUGUUUAUUCAAAUGCGAUGAGAUCAACAUGACAGAUUUGCAAAUGGAUCUGAAGGAGAGAAAGAGAAGACAAAUAUGA